CAGCGAGGCGACACAGAUCCGCGGGAGAUUAAAGUGCCAUCCUCAGGCCGCUGCUCUAGGUGAAGUCUUUGCCCAGAGCCAGGGGCUGAGCAGUUGAAGCUUUGAACUCGCUCAACAAACAGCUGAGAAGAUGCCUACCACAAAUGAGCAAGAUGAGAGGAUGAAAAAGUUUAAAAAUAAAGGCAAAGAUACAGCUGCGAUGAGACGCCAGAGGAUGGAGGUUAAUGUAGAACUUCGAAAGGCCAAGAAAGAUGAACAGAUCCUAAAACGAAGGAACAUUUCUUUCUCUUCCAUGGGGGAGAGUCUUUCUCCAGAACAAGAGAAAAAGAAUGCAACUGCUCAGCUCUCCUUGGAGGAAAUAGUUCAAGCUGUGAAUGGGAACAAUCCUGAGCUUCAUCUGAAGGCUACUCAGACAGCCAGGAGGAUGCUGUCCCGGCAGAGGAACCCACCUCUCAAUCAGAUUAUUGAAGCAGGGAUUAUUCCCAAACUGGUGGAAUUCUUGAGCCGUAACGAUAACGUUACCUUGCAGUUCGAAGCCGCGUGGGCCCUGACUAACAUUGCUUCUGGAACAUCUGACCAGACAAGAGCCGUUGUGGAGGCAGGUGCUGUCCCAGCCUUCGUAGCCCUCUUGUCUUCUCCGCACAUGCAUAUCAGUGAACAGUCUGUGUGGGCACUGGGUAACAUAGCAGGUGAUGGCCCCAUGUACAGAGACUCCCUUAUCCACAACAAUGUGAUUCCUCCUCUGUUGGCCCUGGUGUCGCCUUCUACUCCUGUUGGGUUCCUGCGAAAUAUAACAUGGACGCUGUCAAACCUCUGCAGGAACAAGAACCCUUACCCACCCCUUGAGGCAGUGAGACAGAUCCUGCCAGUGCUCAUUCGCCUACUGAAACAUGAAGAUAAGGACAUCCUCUCUGACACUUGCUGGGCUGUAUCCUACCUGACUGAUGGGUCCAAUGAUCGCAUUCAUGUGGUGGUGGAGACUGGGAUUCUCCCGAGGCUGGUGGAACUCAUGGCCAGUCCAGAAUUAAGUGUUGUGACCCCUGCUCUACGUGCUAUUGGGAACGUAGUCACUGGGACCGACGAGCAGACCCAGAUGGCCAUCGAUGCAGGUGUGUUGACCGUCCUGCCACAGCUCUUGCAACACCCAAAGCCAACUAUACAGAAGGAGGCAGCAUGGACUCUCAGUAACAUUGCAGCAGGACCUUGCCAUCAGAUCCAGCAACUCAUUACCUGUGGGCUGCUACUUCCCUUGGUGGAGCUGCUGGAUAAGGGAGAAUUUAAAGCUCAGAAAGAGGCCGUGUGGGCAGUAGCCAACUUCACAACAGGAGGCACUGUACAGCAAGUGGUGGAACUUGUCCAGUAUGGGGUCCUUAAACCUCUGCUCAAUCUGCUGUCUGCCAGAGAUGGCAAAACCAUCCUGGUCAUCCUUGAUACAAUUUCAAAUCUCUUCCUGGCAGCUGAGAAGCUGGAGGAGACCGAGAAGCUGUGCUUUCUAGUGGAAGAACUUGGUGGCCUGGAGAAAAUUGAAGCACUGCAAACCCAUAAUAAUACCAUGGUUUAUCAAGCUGCCUUAGGUCUCAUAGAGAGAUACUUCGCUAGUGAGGAGAAUCCAAACCUGCAGCCAGAAUCUGACCAAGAAAGACAAACCUUCAACUUCUCAGCAGAGAAACCAGAUUUCUACAACUUCUAAAGAUGAAGCACCACAAAACACUGAGCUGGUGGGUGGAGGUGUCUUCCUGUCUGUCUGCCAAGCCCUUCAAGAGGAACAAAGGCAUUCAGUCUUUUUUUGUAUGUCUGAAAUCUGACAAUAAAUCACACUUUCUGGAUUUGUA